CGCUGUUCCUUUUUUCUACGCUAAACCUGCUUGCAGCAGUGACACGGACGCGGCCUCGCCAGAAUGUCUUUCGCCCGCCUAGCUCUUCGCAGCCUGACUCGUUCUAGAGCUACAUUUCAUGUCCCACCACACAGAGUGCUCCGGGCAAACUACUCCGCCGUGUCAGGAUUGUCUACGGAAAGCAUCCAGUCGAGGAUUAUGAAUGUGCUGAAGGGCUUCGAAAAGGUUGACCAAGCCAAGCUCUCGCCGACAGCCUCCUUCACCGGUGACCUAGGUCUUGACAGUUUAGACACGGUGGAAGUCGUGAUGGCCGUGGAAGAGGAAUUUUCCAUCGAGAUACCUGACGCCGAAGCCGAUGAAAUAAAAACUGUCCAACAGGCCAUCAAUUAUAUCGUCAAGACGCCAGAAGCUCACUGAGACAGCUAUCUGACUUGUUAUUCCUUGUCACUUCUGUAUCCAGCAUCAUUUCUAACAUAUGGUCUUAUUUGCACUGCAAGUGUGAAUUGUGACAAUAGAAAGUAGAAGCCAGCUUCCGUGUAAAGUUCUUCAAUUAGGCGACACCUUUGCCAGCCUCGAACCUUGUUCCCAGAAGUCCGGUUCUGGGUAUAGGAGUUAUUUGUCCCUUCACUAUGUUUUCGCUGGAGGGGUUCGACGCCUAGCCUCUACAUGACACUAGACAUCCAGUGGGAUGCCUGGGGUUACCACGGAUUGCAAAUAGAUAGGUCGGCAUGCAGAGAAACUGCUGCACUUGGAUGCUAGCGCGACUGUAGCGACCUUGCGCGAACUUGUAACUAGUUGCACGUGCUUGGAACAGCCAUGGACCAUGGCUUCCACUUGGUAUA